CCCUGACAGCCCCCGGGCAGCAGGCACUCGCAGCCUGGUUCCCCCCGAGCGGAGCUGCGGGGCCGGGCCGGGCCGGGGAGGACCCCGGGAUCCCGGACACGGCCGUCCGGGCCCGCGGGCGGGGGGAUCGGCAGGGGGACCCGCCACCAUGGAGUUCCGGCAGGAGGAGUUUCGCAAGCUAGCCGGGCGCGCCCUGGGGAGGCUGCACCGGCUCUUGGAGAAACGGCAGGAAGGCGCCGAGACUCUGGAGCUGAGCGCCGACGGCCGCCCGGUGACGGCGCAGCCCAGGGACCCGCCGGUGCUGGACUGCACCUGCUUCGGCCUCCCUCGUCGCUACAUAAUCGCCAUCAUGAGCGGGCUGGGCUUCUGCAUCAGCUUCGGCAUCCGCUGCAACCUGGGCGUGGCCAUAGUGUCCAUGGUCAACAACAGCACGACCCACCGCGGGGGCCACGUGGUGGUGCAGAAAGCACAGUUCAACUGGGAUCCCGAGACCGUCGGCCUCAUACAUGGCUCCUUUUUCUGGGGUUACAUUGUCACUCAGAUUCCUGGAGGAUUUAUCUGCCAAAAAUUUGCAGCCAACAGGGUCUUUGGCUUUGCCAUUGUGGCUACCUCUACCCUGAACAUGCUGAUACCUUCGGCAGCCCGCGUCCACUAUGGCUGCGUCAUCUUUGUGAGGAUCCUGCAGGGACUCGUGGAGGGGGUCACAUAUCCUGCCUGCCACGGCAUCUGGAGCAAAUGGGCCCCUCCCUUAGAACGGAGUCGCCUGGCAACGACGGCCUUUUGUGGCUCCUAUGCUGGGGCGGUGGUGGCCAUGCCCCUGGCUGGGGUCCUGGUGCAGUAUUCCGGAUGGAGCUCUGUCUUCUAUGUCUAUGGCAGCUUCGGGAUCUUCUGGUAUCUCUUUUGGUUGCUCGUGUCCUAUGAGUCCCCGGCACUGCACCCCAGCAUCUCAGAGGAGGAGCGUAAAUACAUCGAGGAUGCCAUUGGAGAGAGCGCCAAACUCAUGAACCCCGUCACGAAGUUUAACACACCCUGGCGGUGCUUCUUCACGUCCAUGCCGGUCUACGCCAUCAUCGUGGCCAACUUUUGCCGCAGCUGGACCUUCUACCUGCUCCUCAUCUCCCAACCCGCUUACUUUGAGGAAGUGUUUGGCUUUGAGAUCAGCAAGGUGGGCCUGGUGUCUGCGCUGCCCCACCUGGUCAUGACUAUCAUCGUGCCCAUCGGAGGCCAGAUCGCUGACUUCCUGCGCAGCCGCCGCAUCAUGUCCACCACCAAUGUGCGCAAGCUGAUGAACUGCGGGGGCUUUGGGAUGGAAGCCACGUUGCUGCUGGUGGUUGGAUACUCCCACUCCAAGGGCGUGGCCAUCUCCUUCCUGGUUCUGGCAGUGGGGUUCAGCGGCUUUGCCAUCUCUGGGUUUAAUGUGAAUCACCUGGACAUCGCCCCGCGAUACGCCAGCAUCCUGAUGGGCAUCUCCAACGGUGUGGGCACGCUGUCCGGGAUGGUGUGCCCCAUCAUCGUGGGCGCUAUGACCAAGCACAAGACGCGGGAGGAGUGGCAGUACGUGUUCCUCAUCGCCUCCCUGGUGCACUAUGGGGGUGUCAUCUUCUACGGUGUCUUUGCUUCUGGAGAGAAGCAGCCAUGGGCAGAGCCAGAGGAGCUGAGCGAGGAGAAGUGCGGCUUCGUGGGCCACGACCAGCUGGCUGGCAGUGACGACAGUGAAAUGGAAGACGAGGCCGAACCCCCGGGGGCUCCCCCUGCGCCGCCUCCUUCCUACGGAGCCACACACAACACAGUGCAGCCACCGAGGCCCCCACCCCCUCUCCGGGGCUACUGACCACGUGCCUCCCACUGAUCGGCAGUUUCCAGGACCUCCACUCCAUACACCUCUGGGGGCCUGAGUGGCAGUGUCAGGGAACCCCACUUCACUGUCCUGCCCCAGGCUUGUGAUGCAGUCUUCCCUUGUUCCCAGUGCCAUCCAACCCUCUUCCCUUCCCAACUGCCUCUCAGGGGUGGUGAAGCUGCACACUGGCAGUUUCAAGGGUACCCAGACUCUCCUGGACGUUUCUCUUCUCCCCUUGUUCUGCCUCAGUGGUUUCAAGUUUCUCAUUUCAGGGCUUUAUUUAGAUGGACAGUUCAACCUCUUUUCUGUGUUUUUGAGGCAUCCCUCCUAGAACCCCAAGGAUUCUCAGGCUACCCUAAGAUGACUUAGCCUGUCUCCAACUCGGAAAAAUUCAAGGUCGUCCUCUGUCAGUUCAGAGGCUAACCUAUUCUGCAUUUCCCAAGUUGGUUUAACCAACCACCAUCCCCGCCAUUCCAGGGAUUGAUUCUCACCAGCGUUUCUGAGGGGAAAUGGCGGUUUCAAGUCUCCCCACUCCUCACUUCCCCCCUCCCCUCCCCAGCAUACUCUGCUGAAACACCUUAUCCUUAGCUUAGCACUAUGUCCAGGGAAAUGACCAAAAUGGCAGUUUUGACAGUAGGCCUGUCUACCCCAUGCACUUUUUCUGAGUGUUCAGGUCCAAACGUGGCUGCUGAAGUCUAUUGAUUCAGUGGUUUGAAGCCACCACCUCUUCCCCAUGGUGGUUUCAAGACCCUUUCCCCAGGUCUUUGCACUUUAUUCUCCUGGGUAGCUUCUGACUGCCUUCAGGUUCUCAGCGGCCAUUUGUUGUGUCCCUCAGGGGCUAAAUGACUCCAAAUCUGGGGAGCUUCCUCUCACAGACACCCCUUUCUUGACAUAGAAAUGUGGGGAACGUAUGUUGGAGAAGUUACAAAAUCCCAGGAAGGGGACUGGGGUUGGGAGAAUGGGCUGUUCCCUGGGGCAGGGCUGUGUCUUGGGUGUCUGUCUCUGUGACUGUGAAUCCUGCCCCACCCCACUCCCAAUAAAUGCUUUGGUGUACAGAC